AGAGCUAAAUUUGGAAGAGCAGUGAUCAGGUUUCCUCUCCGCGUGUACGCGAUACUGUUCUAGUUACUUGAGCGAUGUCUCUUCUCAGACUGUGACGCUCGCUCACUGAGUCCAGACGUGCAGAGAUCCCCUUCUGCCGUUGUCAGAGCACUGCCCGUCACCUUAUUUGAAGUUAAGGACUGUUUUUCCACCUGGCUUUUUUGUCAGACUUUGUUGUCUACUGACUGGAGUAUCUGGGCCUGGUGCUGCGGAGCUUUGUCAGAUCACUCUACUACUACUUCGUCUCUGGACACCCCUGCUGCUGUGGCAGGAGGAACAGACUGCUGACUCGCCAUGUUUCUUGCGCUAGUGGUGACGCCAGAGCUGAGGGACUUCCUGGCUAGGGCAAGGCGCGGAGCGGUGCGCCUCAUCAAGGUGUCCAUCCAAGACGAGCAGCUGGUGCUGGGGGCCUACAGAGAGCCAGAAAAGAGCUGGGACCAGGACUACGACCGCUUCCUGCUUCCUCUGCUGGACGACCAGGAGCCCUGCUACAUCCUGUACCGCCUGGACUCCCAGAAUGCACAGGGCUACGAGUGGAUCUUCAUAUCAUGGUCUCCUGAUCAGUCUCCAGUGAAACAGAAGAUGCUGUACGCUGCCACUCGGGCCACAGUGAAGAAGGAGUUCGGUGGAGGCCACGUGAAGUACGAGAUGUUUGGAACAGCUGAGGAGGACGUGUGUUUGCUGGGCUACCAGUGUCAUGUGUCCUCCUGCUCGGGCCCAGCGCCGCUCACGUUGGCUGAGCAGGAGCUCCAGAGGAUCAAAAUCACGGAGGGCCGAGUUAAACAGGUAAAGACGGAGAUCAGCGUGGAGAGUAAACACCAGACGCUUCAGGGCCUGGCCUUCCCUCUGCAGGAGACGGCCAGGAGGGCGCUCCAGCAGCUCGCCCAGCGGCGCAUCAACUACAUCCAGCUGAGGCUAGAUGUAGAAAAGGAGAUAAUCGAGCUCGUCCACUCCAACCCGACAGAAAUCCGAGAUUUGCCCCGCAGGGUUCCAACAGACACUCCCAGAUACCACUUCUUCCUUUACAAACACUCCCACGAAGGAGACUACCUGGAAUCUAUCGUGUUCAUAUACUCCAUGCCAGGCUACAGCUGCAGCAUCAAGGAAAGAAUGCUAUAUUCCAGCUGUAAGAGUCGACUACUGGAUGAAGUGGAGAAGGAUUACCAUUUGGAGGUUGCUAAAAAGCUGGAGAUCGACAACGGAGACGAACUAACGGAGGAGUUCCUGUACGACGAGGUCCACCCCAAGCAGCACGCUCACAAGCAGGCCUUCGCCAAGCCCCGCGGUCCAGCAGGGAAGAGAGGACACAAGCGCCUCAUUAAGGGCACGGGGGAGAACGUGCACAGCUAGACGCGGGAGAACGUGGGAGAACGCGGGAGAACACGGGAGAACGCGGGAGAACGCCGCAGUCACAGUUCUCCCCGUUUCCUCAGACCCACUAACACCUCGUCAGACCCAAAGGAAUGUGCUCAUGGAUGGAGUUUUCCACUUGUUUGUGCACUCAAACACUUGUGAUAUAUUUAUAACAAACGUGUUUUGAUGGGAAUGUGCUGUUACGAUAUAUGUGCCUGCAGUUGGUUAGUUUGACGCGGACAAAUGGAGGAGUAGCUGUGAAAGAAGUCUAAAUGUAAAAACCAAAGUCUUUACGAUUCUUCUAUUAGGAGACGCGUCACACGGCCUUGUUGUCUAUCGUUCCCUAAAAACAAGUGUGGAUCAGGAGUUUUCAAUAUAAUAUACUGGUAUUAAAUUAUAAACGCACAGUUGAAUUGUUCAGACUUCGUGUCUAGCUUCUAAUACAAGUUUUGUAUGAGCAAUAUUUGUAAGAUAAAUGCAAUAGAAAAGAAAAUUCUAAAUAAACUCUUGUUUAUAACAGAAACCUU